AUGGAAAAAUCCUUUUCUGUUCUCAUCGCAUAUAUCUUCCAAAUAGUAGCACAAUUAAAAGACUGUGGGGACAGGAAGAUUCUUAAGGUUAGAGUAAGAUGUAGGAGUCUGAGUAACAGGCCCUUACGUUACCCAACCAUCAUGAGCCGGCAGGUCUGCACCAUCCUGAUUGUUCUGGCAUGGAUAGGGUCUUUUAUACAUUCUAUAGCCCAGAUUAUCCUGGCCUUGAGAUUGCCUUUCUGUGGACCCAAUUUGAUUGAUCAUUACUGCUGUGAUUUGCAGCCCUUACUGAAACUUGCUUGCAUGGACACUUAUGUGAUCAACACGCUGUUGGUGUCUAACAGCGGGGCCAUUUGCUCAAGCAGUUUUGUGAUACUGAUGAUCUCAUACAUUGUCAUCUUGCAUUCACUGCGAAACCACAGUGCAGAAGGGAGGAAAAAAGCUCUCUCUACUUGCACUUCCCACAUCAUCGUAGUAGUCUUAAGCUUUGGUCCAUGUAUAUUUAUAUAUACACGCCCCCCAACCACUUUCCCCAUGGACAAGAUGGUGGCUGUAUUUUAUACUAUUGGGACACCUUUUCUCAACCCACUCAUCUAUACACUGAGAAACGCAGAAGUGAAAAAUGCCAUGAGAAAGCUAUGGCAUAUCAAAAUUACUUCCGGAAGCAAAAGAUGA